UAGGAUAGAGAUCGCAUGCAACAUAUACAAAUACGAUAACUAGCACAAAACCAAAAAUAAAAUAGAGCAAAAAACCCACAAAGCCGUGGUUUAACGUGAAUUUAGAACCGCUAACUUGAAUAAUAACCCGCGGCAACAGUGUAAAAGUAGCCCGGAGUCAGUCCCACCUCUCCCGCAUCGGCGUCUGCACUUCACACGCAUUGCUCGCGGGCGCGGAUUGGAAUCACAAACUUGGCUGCAUUCGAGUCUUCGAGGCAUUUUGACAGCACAGCAUCAAAGCCAUGCCGAGUGAUGUUGGUGACUAUGUUGGCACAGACAUUGAAAUAUCCUGGUUGCCUAAUCUGGAUGAUUUAAUGAAAGGUUAUGCCCGAAACUUUCGCCCUGGGAUUGGAGGACCUCCUGUGAAUGUUGCCAUGGCCAUUGAAGUAGCCAGUAUUGACCAUAUCUCAGAAGCCAACAUGGAAUACACCAUGACAGUAUUUCUGCGGCAGAGUUGGAGAGAUGACCGUCUGUCGUACAACCACACAAACAAUACUCUUGGCCUGGACAGCCGCUUUGUGGACAAACUCUGGUUACCAGACACAUUCAUAGUUAAUGCCAAAUCAGCCUGGUUUCAUGAUGUCACUGUGGAGAACAAACUCAUACGCCUGCAGCCUGAUGGAGUCAUUCUCUACAGUAGUCGAAUUACAUCUACAGUUGCAUGCGAUAUGGACCUCACGAAAUACCCCAUGGAUGAACAGGAAUGCAUGCUAGACUUGGAAAGCUAUGGCUACUCUUCAGAAGACAUUGUGUAUCACUGGUCAGAGAGUCAGAAACACAUUCAUGGGCUGGACAAGUUGGAGCUGUCCCAGUUCACCAUCACAGAUUAUCGCUUUGUCACAGAGAUGAUGAACUUUAAAUCUGCAGGGAGAUUUCCACGUCUCAGCUUACGGUUUGAACUAAGGCGUAACCGAGGAGUUUACAUCAUUCAGUCCUACAUGCCCUCAAUCUUACUGGUUGCCAUGUCAUGGGUUUCAUUCUGGAUCAGCCAAUCAGCUGUGCCAGCAAGAGUGUCUUUAGGAAUCACAACGGUGCUCACCAUGACAACACUGAUGGUCAGUGCUCGUUCAUCUUUGCCCCGUGCUUCUGCCAUCAAAGCUCUGGACGUGUAUUUCUGGAUCUGCUACGUCUUUGUGUUUGCUGCCUUGAUCGAAUACGCUUUUGCUCACUAUAAUGCAGACUACAGCAAGAAGGAGAAAGCCAAAGUCAAGACGAAUAAGAGUGCAGAGUCCAUGGUAAAGAAUGGAAAGCAGGCCAUGGUUCUGUUUUCGCUCUCUGUGGCUGGCAUGAACCAGGGCCUCCUCGUCUCAAACAGGCAAAACAGGGCCCAGCGGGCCACUGACCCUACUGGAGAUCCACAUGAAGAGACAGAGGUUCGUGGCACUCAGUCCCGUCGGGCACAGAAGGAAAGCAGUGAAGAGAAGAAAUGCUGCAAGUGUAAACCUAUUGAUGCCGACACCAUUGAUAUCUACGCUCGUGCUGUCUUCCCUUUCACCUUCGCUGUGGUAAAUGUCAUCUACUGGGUGGCAUACACAAUGUAAAUCAUUUAUGAAAUUUUGAGCUCUGCAUGUAUAUAAAUCAACAAACGAUGUGACAACAGAACUAUACAAUUAUUAGAAUAUGAAAACGUUUGGAUUAUUAACGCUUAUAAAUGUAAUGAUGUUGGGUAGUCUUUUAGAAUAUGUUAAAUGCAUUAUGUUGAAUUCAGUUUUAGAAGACUGAUACAUACCUCUGCAUCUUUACAAAUAGUCCUUGAUGCUUUACAAUGACAUUUCCUUGUUGCUUUUUUCCUCUUUCAUAAUAUUUGCACCAGAAUAGCCUUCUAAGUACUGGUAUGAAUGAACUGAAGCGGAAAUUUAUACUGCUUUAUGAAUGAAUCUUUUGUUUUCAUUCAUUUCUUCUCCAUCUUUAAAUCUUUCCUCACAGAAGGAAAUGUGGCAAUAUCUGUGUGUUUCUUGCAACUUAAUGUCAUUCUCAAUUGAAAUUCAAAGCCAUCUGAAUAUUUAACAUACAAAUUAGAUAUUUUUCUGUAUGCAUUCUCUUACAUAUAUAGUGUUUAUCUUAAUGUUAUUAUUCUCCCCGCAAUGGGGUUCAAAUAUGAGCAAAUACCACUUUGUGUUGUGGAAAAAUGUUAAAUAUGAGCUAUGGGAACCCUGCCCACAAGUAAUGAUGGUAGUGAUGACGGUAGUGAUGCUAUUCUGAGCAAUUUAUCCUUUCAAUAUCUUUUAUUUAGCCUUUUCUUUUGUCAGAGGCAGCUCUAAUUCUGAUUUUGUUCUGAAGUGCCACAUUUGUUUUGCAACAACAUUUGCGAUUGUCAUGACAAUCAGCACACAUUGUUUUUGUGCAUGAAAAUGAACAUGUGAUUUAUUAUUUCCUGCUUUUUUAUUUAAAU